UCUGUUUUUCUUCUGAUUUAGAAAACUCUAUGUGAUGUCAUUCUUAUGGUUCAAGAAAGAAAGAUCCCAGCUCACCGUGUUGUGCUUGCUUCAGCCAGUCACUUUUUUAACUUGAUGUUUACUACAAAUAUGCUUGAAUCAAAGUCCUUUGAAGUGGAGCUAAAAGAUGCAGAACCUGACAUUAUUGAACAGCUCGUGGAGUUUGCUUAUACGGCAAGAAUCUCAGUUAACAGCAAUAAUGUCCAGUCUUUACUAGAUGCAGCAAACCAAUAUCAAAUUGAACCUGUGAAAAAAAUGUGUGUGGACUUCUUAAAAGAACAAGUUGAUGCUUCCAAUUGUCUUGGUAUAAGUGUGUUAGCAGAAUGCCUAGACUGUCCAGAACUGAAAGCCACUGCAGAUGACUUUAUCCAUCAGCAUUUCACUGAAGUUUACAAGACAGAUGAGUUUCUUCAGCUUGAUGUUAAGCGUGUGACACACCUCUUGAACCAAGAUACGUUGACGGUGAGGGCAGAAGACCAGGUUUAUGAUGCAGCAGUCAGAUGGCUGAAGUAUGAUGAGCCAAAUCGCCAGCCGUACAUGGUCGACAUUCUUGCUAAAGUCCGAUUUCCUCUUAUAUCAAAGAACUUCUUGAGUAAAACAGUUCAGGCUGAACCACUUAUUCAGGAUAACCCAGAAUGCCUUAAAAUGGUGAUCAGUGGGAUGCGAUAUCAUCUACUCUCUCCAGAAGACAGAGAAGAGUUAGUGGAAGGUACGCGGCCAAGAAGAAAAAAACAUGAUUAUCGCAUUGCUUUGUUUGGAGGCUCACAGCCCCAGUCCUGCAGAUAUUUUAAUCCAAAGGAUUACAGCUGGACAGACAUCCGAUGUCCCUUUGAAAAGCGCAGGGAUGCAGCUUGUGUCUUCUGGGACAACGUAGUUUAUAUUUUGGGUGGUUCCCAGCUCUUCCCUAUAAAGCGAAUGGACUGCUACAAUGUGGUGAAGGAUAGCUGGUAUUCCAAGCUAGGACCUCCAACACCUCGAGAUAGCCUUGCAGCCUGUGCUGCUGAGGGCAAAAUUUAUACAUCUGGUGGUUCAGAAGUGGGAAAUUCUGCACUAUAUUUAUUUGAAUGCUAUGACACGAGAACAGAAAGCUGGCACACAAAGCCCAGCAUGCUGACUCAGCGAUGCAGCCAUGGAAUGGUAGAGGCGAAUGGUCUCAUUUAUGUAUGCGGAGGAAGCUUGGGAAACAAUGUUUCUGGAAGAGUCCUAAAUUCCUGUGAAGUUUAUGAUCCAGCUACUGAAACGUGGACGGAGCUGUGUCCAAUGAUUGAAGCCAGGAAGAAUCAUGGGCUGGUGUUUGUAAAGGACAAAAUAUUUGCUGUGGGUGGACAAAAUGGCUUAGGUGGCCUUGAUAAUGUAGAAUAUUACGAUAUCAAGAUGAAUGAAUGGAAGAUGGUGUCUCCAAUGCCAUGGAAAGGUGUAACAGUGAAGUGUGCUGCUGUGGGAUCUAUAGUCUAUGUCCUGGCUGGUUUUCAGGGUGUUGGUCGAUUAGGGCACAUUCUCGAAUACAAUACUGAAACAGACAAGUGGAUAGCCAACUCCAAAGUCCGUGCUUUCCCAGUGACGAGUUGUUUAAUCUGUGUUGUAGACACUUGUGGGGCAAAUGAAGAAACUUUAGAGACCUGAAGACCUGUAGGAGAUGCUGAGACAUUCUUCAAGGACUUGGGGAAAGAUGGCUAUUGGUGCUUUGCUUCCAUGUUUUACUGAAUUGUUAAAAUGAGUAAUAGGAAAAACUGAGAUGCAGUCUUUCAAUUUGUAUA